AGGAUAGGACCUCAAUUUUGGUGAGAAAAUGAUAUGCUUGGCAUUUUGGUCUGAUGGUUGUGUCAAAGGUCAAAAUGACAUCGAACAGUGUAGAUUACAAUUUUUUCGUGAGGUGUGCUCUAGUCGAAGAAGAGAAUCAAAUGGUUCCUCCACCUUACUUGUCGCCUUUGAUCGAUAAUGAAGCUGAGGGUUAUGUGCCAGACUAUGUGGAGUCCAUUAAGCACUUGCAGGCUGCUGCCAGAAAUGAGGUUCUUCUAAUGCCAGGCACCGUAAACGAAGACUUGGAAGAUCCUCAGCGUCUCUUGGUUGAAGGGAUCAUUGACUGUGCUGAGGCAAAUGAAGCUGAUGAGAAGAAGCGGAAGGAAUAUAAUCUCUUGAUGGCUGACCGUGAUUUUCUAGUGUAGCAAUUUUACUGUUUGUUUUGUCGAGUUUACGCCGUAGAUUUUGUCACAAGUUGUCAAAACUCAGAAAUUCUUGUCAAUCCAGAUGGCAACUCUCGAAAAACAGUAU